AGACCGCGAUAACAUGCGCGUCCUCUCCUUAAUCCCGGCCGCCGCGGCGCUCGUGCCGAGCAGCCAGCCCAAGGCGCCCCAGGCCCAACGAGCGGCCACGCUCGAAGCCGCGCCCGUCGCGACGGAGGCGCGCGACCUCACGGGCAACAUCCCCGACUGCCCGGCGACGAUCUGGGACGCCGACAACGUCAACAUUGUCGAGGCCAGGCAGAACCAGCAACCGCUCCCGGAGCAGUGCCCCUCGGAAAGAAUCAGCAAUGGUAACGAGGGCGUCGAGUACUUCCGCGAACACAGCGAGGACAUCCUGGCGGAACUCGAGAAGACGGGCUGCAUCUGGUUCCGUGGUUUUGAUCUGAUGAAGACCGAACAAGGUUUCAGGCAGUUCUACGAGGCCGUCGGGCUCGACCCUUGUUUAGAUCCGAUCCACACCUCCGGCUUGCGGUCUUUCGCGUCCCAGGAGGACGCGAUCUACGAGGAGGUCAACAAGGAGUCCCUGUCGAGGCACUACAUCGGCCUCCACCAAGAGAGUACCCAUAAGAAAACAGCGACCUAUGGAGCUUUUGUGUGCUUCAAACCGGCGACGGUCGAGGGCGGCGAGUUCUUCAUCGCCGACGCGGCGAAGAUCGCGCGCGAUUUGGAUGCGGACGUAGCGCAACGGAUCUACGACCGGAAGAUCCGCAUCUCGGUCUCGAACCUGGAUAUGGACUUCCUCGAGGGCGCCGACUUUGAUAUCAAUUUACCUGAUGUUAUUGUUGACAAGACGGGCCUGCCGAAGAAGACGGAGGUGCGACUCAAGGAGCCCAUCAUGGAAGGAGCUAGAGUCUUAGUGGACAAGUUAGUGGCCCCGAAAUUCGAUAUGGAUUUGGAAAUGAAGUACGGCGCCGACGGCAAGCCGAUGCGCAUGCAAGCCAUCGAGCAGAUUGCCUCGCCCUUCAACCGCCACCCCGUGACGGGCGAGUUGCUCUGGUUCUGCAACAUCCACAACCACGCGCGCUACUUACGUGAUAGGCGGCCUUGUACGGUCCCCGAGGUCGGGAUGACGGAGGUCUUUUACGGGGAUUUAUCUCCCAUUCCUUCUGCCGACUUGGACCACAUCAACGAGGUCUCGCAGAAGAACAUCCGGGACAUCCCCAUGCAGCCCGGCGACGUGCUGUUGUGCGACAACUACCGUGUCUUGCAUGGUAGGAACGUGUUCAAGGGCGACCGGUACCACGCGGUGUCCUGGUUCGGCGGUCUUGUUAAAGAUAGACCGGCGGACUUCGACGACUCGAACGAGAACUCCAAGCCCGGCGACCUGCUGAACAAGUUCGUCAACAAGUUCCUCGUGGAUUCGUUCUAGGCUGGGUUCCUUUUGCGUAAGGUUGGGGUUUGCGCGAGUCUUUGUCUCUGGG